CAAUAGUACUUCGUCAGUGUUGAUGAUAUCGCCGAACACGUGAUCUACGAUUUCGCGUUUUCGUGAAUAAUGGAAACUGUUCGACCAUGCGGCUGCAAAGGGAUACGCUCUUGUUUAAUUUGCGAAGCCGAAUACAAAAUAUCAAAAUUGGAUCUGAAGAACGAGUUACAGAAAAGCACAAGUUAUGUUUAUUGUCCAUACUGUGACAAAUUAUCACCUGGAUGGGAUAUAAAUGAGUAUAAAAAACAUCCUCAUCAUGAUGGCAACUUAAUUGAUUAUCCUGGUGUUUACAUUAAGCUAGAUUUUUUAAAUAAAAAUGAAGCUGAGGAGCUGAUGAAAGCACUUGAGUGUCUUCCUUGGCAGGCUUCACAAAGUGGCAGGAGAAAACAGAACUUUGGACCAAAAUGUAACUUUAAAAAACAGAAAUUACGAUUGGGAAUGUUUGACGGUUUCCCUAGAACAACACAGUUUGUACAAAAGAAAUUUGAGGAAAUACCACUAUUACAUGAUUUUAAAACUGUUGAGCAGUGCACACUGGAAUAUGAUCCUAAACGAGGUGCAUCUAUCGAUCCUCAUAUCGACGAUUGCUGGAUCUGGGGAGAACGCAUAGUGACUGUGAAUGUUCUCGGUGAUUCUGUUUUAACUAUGACUCCUUAUCGAGGUCCGCUAACGCGAUACAAUUUGGACUGUGUUUCCAAUUAUGAUUCCAUUCCGGAGAAAGAUGUUUAUAUUAAUUCGCAAACUGUAAAUAUUGAUGAUAACGUAGUAGUACGAUUACCAAUGCCUGCUAGAUCACUCAUGAUUUUAUAUGGUCCAGCAAGAUAUAAAUGGGAGCAUUCUGUACUUCGACAAGAUGUUACAUCAAGGCGCAUUUGCCUCGCGUAUCGCGAGUUUACAUCUCCAUAUCUCGAAAAUGGGAAACAUUAUGAAGAAGCUUCCGAAAUUUUGAGGCAAGCUUCACUCUUUUGGUGAAGCUAACAUAAAACGGAUUGAACCAAUUGUCGAAUUUAUUUGAUACAAAUUGAUACGAUAAAUUAUUUGGUAAAUAUAUACUAUGUAUUUUAAUAGAAUUAGAAUAAAGGUAUAUUUUACAUUUCGUAUAAAUAUAGUGCAUUAGUAAUAUUAACAUCUUGCGAUAAGCUGUAUAAUAUAUGCAUAAUAUUUUUAGAAGAAUAUUUUUUCUUAGCCAAGCAUAUCUUAAUAAAAGUAUAAAGUGUAAGUAAAGCAUAAAAUUUGAA